CGCGCACUGUGAAACGACGGGAGGGCCGGACUGGACCGGACCGCGCUUUUCUAAGCAGACGCUGGCUUGACCUUUUGACCAGUACGCGAGGACAGUUACUUCAAACACCUGCCGUUCGAAGACAGGCGCAUCCGGAUAAAAGUCGCCAGUGAACCGGGGUCGCUUUAGUUCAAAUAAACCCAGUGGGCCACAUGGAGACACCGCAGCAGAUGAAAGCUGCCGUGCAGCGGUGCAUCGCCGCGCACAAAGACGAGCUGCACGCUUUGAGUCGGGACAUUUGGAGCCGUCCCGAACUCGGCGGCAGCGAGACGCGCGCACACGACACGCUGGUCGGCUUCUUCUCCCGGGACGAGGCGUGGACGGUCCAAGCUCACUACGUACUGCCGACCGCGUUCCGGGCCAGCUGGGGCCCGGAGGGGGGCGGAGACGGAGGGCCGGCGCUCAACGUGGGGUUCCUGUGCGAGUACGACGCGCUUCCGGGUAUCGGGCACGCGUGCGGUCACAACCUGAUCGCCGAGGUGGGAGCGGCCGCCGCGCUGGGGCUGAAAGCUGCAUUAGAGAUGCGGACUGAGCCCCGCUUCCCAGUGAAGAUAACAGUUCUGGGAACUCCUGCAGAGGAAGUUAUUGGCGGAAAAAUCGACCUGAUCUUGGCCGGAGCCUUUGCUGACUUUGACCUCGUCUUCAUGGCUCACCCGGCUCAGCAUGACGCAUCCUUCCUGCCCUGCAUCACAGUCGACGAGGUGCUGGUGAAGUACCACGGGAAGGCAGCUCAUGCCUCUGCAUACCCUUGGGAGGGGGUGAAUGCCCUGGAUGCUGCUGUGCUGGCCUACAACAAUCUCUCUGCACUCAGACAGCAGCUCAGGCCCGAGUGGAGGCUUCAUGGCAUCAUCAAACAUGGGGGGGAGCAGCCCAACAUCAUCCCGGCCUACACCCAGUUGGAGUUCUAUCUGCGCACACCGCAGGUCAAGGAUCUUUGUGUCCUGAAGGCCAAAGCGGAGGCUUGCUUCAGGGCCGCUGCUGUUGCCACCGGAUGCCGGGUGGAGAUCAUCUAUCCUGGGCAUUGCUAUUAUAACAUUCUGCCUAAUGCCACACUGGCCAAGCUGUAUGAAAAUAAUGGGAAAGCUUUGGGGAUUCAGUUUCAAGAGCAGUCAGCCAACUUCUCCGGUUCUACAGACUUUGGCAACGUGUCCUUCAUCGUCCCCGGUAUCCACCCUUUCUUCUACAUCAGCACGGAAGCGUUUAACCACACCGAGGAAUACGCCGAAGCAGCCGGAGCUGAAAAGGCCCAGUUGUUCACCCUGAGGACAGCCACAGCGUUGGCAAUGACAGCUGUGGAUGUCGUGUGCUGCCCUGAUCUGCUGAGGCAAGUGAGGGAGGACUUCCGCCUGGCCAAACUGAAACAGGAGAAACCACUAAAAGACGGCGAUACGGCUUUGACAGCUCCAUAAAGACAAAAAAUGUAUAGCUGACGAUUCAACUUCGACUCAAGAGCACAUUUGAAUAGUUUGUAUGGUUGGACGGUUAAAGUUGUAUAACAACAACUCAGUGUGGCGUAUAAUCUCUUGAGUAUUUCAAACGCCACCCUCAUCAGGUUUCAGAGGUUCACUCUCAACAUGGGCACCUGUUAUAAAGGUUGUGUGGAGCUAGGAACUGGAAAAAUGUUUGCCAAUUUAAAUGAUAAGUAAAUGAUUCAUGCUGACAUUUAAACUAGAAGCUACAAUUGUGGCUCUUGUGAAACUAAUAAGUGUAAUAAGCAAAUUAGCUCCUAGGAAUAAUUGUUUUGAUUUUUUUUGAGUGAAAUAAUUGACGGUGAAAUAAAUAACAGCUGGAUGUACUCAGAUGAAAUUGUGUACAAUCGGUAACCUGGCUUUUCCUCUAGCGCCAUCACAAGACAGUUUUACUCAAGGAGGGUAAACACACACCCAAUUCCAGAUGUUGACCCCAGGAGAGUGAGGAAGAGCCCGGCAGUAACUUUAACUAUCGAGCUUCCCACAUGUGUCCAGCAUCCAGCUGCAAAGGGCAAGUGAAGUGCAGGGCUGUGAUUUAUUUAAUGUUUACUCUUUAUAAAUAAUUGUAAAUGUUUAUGUAGAAAACCUUUGAGAUUACAUUAAUAAAACUCAAUUUAUAGGAUAUAUUCUCCAACAGUUGUGCUUGCCUAGAACUUUCAGGGUCCAUGUUACAGGUUGUUCUAUUUAUCCAUGACUCUGUGGUUUUUUUAUUUUUGCUGUGGUAGUCCCUGAAGCAGUUCCUAUCCAGCUGAAGACAGAGCCCAACCGUGCACUCCUCACACAUCCAGGGUGUGCUUUUAUGGAAGACAGUGCAUGGUUUCCUCCCCUGACUUGCCUUUUGUCUUUUCUCAGUCUCUUCUCUUUUGUUGGUGGGGACAGGAAAGUGGCCUGAAGUUGGGGGGGCCUAGCUGGUAAUACUCACAGCUGUGGGUCUGGGGACAGACAACCUCUCACAGGACCCAUUAUCGGCCUUCUGCCACCGGAGGACAGUCUCCUCCGUGUACACAGGAUGGACAGUUGUGCACAUGGAGACCUCCCUUGUGUUACAAAGAGCAGGAAUCUGUCCCUGAUCCACCUGAUGGAGCCUCUCUUUGAUUUUGCAUCCAUGGCAUUCUCCUGCGCCAGCCAUGCGCUGCCUGUAAGUUCCACAAGCCCCGAACCCCUGCUGGCUCAGAUGACGGAACACAGGGGGGCUAGUGUAAAAAUUGUUGCAGUAGACAAUGUAGCCGCUGCCCAGAUAGUCCUUGUUCACCAGCUGCUCCACCAUGCCAAAUGCAAGUCCCUUCCCCGAAGUGCCGUGCUUUUCCCCUGUGUAUAAUAAGAGGUCAACUGUGUACCCAUUCACAUCAGCCAACACAAAACAUUUUAUCCCCCACUUUGUCGGCUUGGUUUUCGUGUCCUGUUUUAUUUUGAUCAUCCUCUUGUGGACCGAGAUGUGCUACUUCGGAUGGUAGAUGCCUUUGCAGCGGUUUCUGAUGAUAUCCAGGAGAGGUCGGACUUUCUGCAGGCAGUCAUAGUCCUCUGUCCCCUUUUUCUGGUCAUUGACCACGUCCUCCUCUGGAUCACUCAUGGGCAAAUUGGAGUUGAUUGUCUCUUGACAUGACAGAAGUCAGAAAGGGAAUGGAAAAAAUGAUUUUCUUCCUCCAAAAAUCAGACAUUUUUAGGAGGUUGCACACUGACAUAAACAACAACGUGCCUAGGUGUGGGGUGAUGGCAGUUCAAAAAAACUUUUUCCCCAUCCUCAUAUUUUUCACUGCAUUUUGCGGUCUUGUCCACCUGAGGCCGCACCCGCCGCCUAAGUGGUACCCCAGAUACCGUACCUCCCCCCGCCCAACUGCACACUUCCCCGGUUUGGCGGUGAACCCGGCCUCUUUUCCUUGGACUCUGGCGACAAGGGAAUCUGCCAGUAGCUCAUGGUUAAAUCCAGUGUCGUGAAAAAACGUGCGGUGCCCAAUUGGUCCAGCAGCUCGUCGACCCGGGGCAUCGGGUAUGCAUCAAAAUGUGACACAUCAUUCACCCUGCGAUAGUCCACACAGAACCGUACAGACCCAUCUUUCUUAGCCACCAGAAUGAUGGGGCUGCUCCAGAUACUGUUGGACUCCUAUAUUACCCCCUGUCUCCAGCAUCGCCGGCAAUUCUCUCUUUUCUUUUCCUCUUGUGUUCAGGUAACCGGUAGGGUCGCGAUAGCACUGUCACGCCCGGUGACGUCUCGAUGUGAUGCACUAUGAGAUCCGUGCGACCUGGCAGGGGGGAGAACACAUCAUUAAACUGCUCUUGCAACUGGGCUAAGUCUGUUUUUUGGGUCGCAGAGAGAUGGCCACAGAAAUGGAGCCGGGUCGGAUUGGUGGACUUUGGGACUUCGGGCCCCAGCUCCUCUCUCUCAGCUACUGCAGACACCAGGGAAACAGACUCCGCCUCCCUCCAUCGUUUGAGGAGGUGGAGGUGGUAGAUCUGUGUAGCUCCGCCCCUGUUAGAUCGUACCACCUCAUAGUCAAAGUCCCCUACCCGCUGUGUGACAACAAAGGGCCCUUGUGGUGGCACAUCAGGUUCUGGGCAUUCUUUUGAUGCUUCAUCCCUUUCAUGUCUGUCAUCUGCAAGGAUGCCUUUGUUCAAUUUUUUUUUUUUAAGGAUGAGGUUGCACAAAGUUAAAAUGUUGAGACCUGCAUGAGACCCCCUGCCCCCCCACUGAGGAGAAUCACCACAUGGCUCACACCCUGAGUGUCUACUUCUGCAGGUAUGAUCGACCCACUUUAACACCCCACCAACUGCCCUGUUAUCAUCAAACAACCACUAUCACCCCCUGUCUCGUUCACACCUCUCCCAAACCGACCCCCCACCAGCUCUGAGGAUUGGAGAAGGGGAUGUGAGUCGCCUCCUUCAAAGACAGCAGAUCCCCUCUCAGUUGCUACUGGUCCUGUUCUCCUCCGGCAUCAUCUGGUCAGUUGUCCUGUUCUUCCAUCGUUAUGUGGUUUGGAUCGGUCACUAAAUAGGCUACAACGGAUCCGAUCUGCAGGGAGAAGCGUUGGCUCCAGCCUGCCGUCCACCCUGUACUUGUUCAGCUCCAGAGUCUAAGGAAAAGGGCCGGAAAGAUGUCUGUGGGACCUUCACACCUUGGACACAACGUGUUCAGACUCCUCCCCUAUAGAGGGCGCUACAGAGAACUGUACGUGUACCAGAAUGAAGUUUAAUGUAAUUUACUUGUUGUCU